GACAGCCUGCUCGGUUACAAGGCAGACUGGCAAUUCCACCUCUAAUUCCACAGCAUCCUUUGUUUAACCUGCUGUGCAUGGUCCUAACUGCACUUCAAGCAUUUUGAGGACUACAGUACACUAAGAACUCAGAAGAUCCCCAAACCAUACAUGAGUGGCACAAGCUCCAGCUCUGAAACAGAUAAGAAAGUAUGUGAUUGCUGUAAAAUCACACAACUGAUGCUGAGAGCCUGGUUGACAAGAAAGCAAGAUCUCUUUCCUAGAAGGUCAUUUCCGGGAGACAUUGAGAAGGAGCUGUGAAGACUGAAGACAAAAGGGGCAAACAGCAACAGCAUGAGGCAGGAAGGGCACCAUCCCAACACCACACUCAUGAGCACCAACUUUGCUGCCAUCUAUAGCCACCACGAGGGAGACUUCACCUCUUAUCCAAACUUCAACUUCAACUUCCCCUUCAACUUCAGCUACGGCGACUAUGAUCUACCCUUGGAUGAUGAGGACGAUGUGACCAAGACUCGCACUUUCUUUGCUGCCAGGAUUGUCAUUGGUGUGGCAUUGGUUGGCAUCAUGUUGGUCUGCGGCAUUGGCAACUUUAUCUUCAUUGCUGCUUUGGCCCGCUACAAGAAGCUGCGCAAUCUCACCAACCUGCUCAUUGCCAACCUGGCCAUCUCUGACUUCAUUGUGGCCAUUGUCUGCUGCCCCUUUGAGAUGGACUACUAUGUGGUGCGGCAGCUGUCUUGGGAACAUGGCCAUGUGCUCUGUGCCUCUGUCAACUACUUGCGCACUGUCUCCCUCUAUGUCUCUACCAAUGCACUCUUGGCCAUUGCUGUGGACAGGUAUCUUGCCAUUGUUCACCCAUUGAAGCCUCGAAUGAACUAUCAGACAGCAACAUUCCUAAUCACCUUGGUCUGGAUUGUAUCCCUGAUUAUUUCGAUACCAUCUGCAUAUUUUGCUACUGAAACUGUAUUAUUCACAGUGAAAAACCAAAAGAAAAUUUUCUGUGGCCAGAUUUGGCCUGUUGACCAGCAGAUGUAUUACAAAUCCUACUUUCUUUUCAUCUUUGGUAUUGAGUUCGUUGGACCAGUCAUCACUAUGACCUUGUGCUAUGCCAGAAUCUCCCGGGAGCUUUGGUUUAAAACUGUACCAGGUUUUCAGACGGAACAAAUCAGGAAGAGGCUUCGUUGCAGAAGAAAAACAGUUUUGGUGCUCAUGUGCAUUCUGACUGCCUACGUCCUCUGUUGGUCACCUUUCUAUGGUUUCACAAUCGUCCGUGACUUCUUCCCAACAGUGUUUGUGAAGGAGAAGCACUACCUUACAGCCUUCUAUAUAGUAGAGUGCAUUGCCAUGAGCAACAGCAUGAUUAAUACCAUGUGCUUCGUAACAGUAAAGAAUACCACCAUGAAAUAUUUCAAGAAGAUCAUGUUACUCAGGUGGAGGUCUACCUACUAUGGGAACAAGCCUAGUGUCGAUAUGGAUAUCAGAACAAGUGCAAUGCCGGUCACAGAGGAGGUGGAUUGCAUUAGAUCAAAGUGAACUAGAUACCAUGGACAUCUGACCUCGUCAGUUUAUCCUUUUUCCCUUUGUGUGAAAGCACACCUGAAGAGGUGAUGCUGAGCAGAGCAUUCUCUGAACUAGAACUCUCCAUUCUGUCAUAGACAGAAGACUGCACAUUGAAACCUCUCCACCAUGGUUUGGCUAUGCCUGAGUUUCCCUUCUGUGAAAUGAGGAUAUUUAUAUAUGGUGUUUUAGAGGUCAAAAAAGAUUUUAAGCCAGAAAAUUAUAUUUUCCCAAGAUGGGAUUCUAUCUUGUUUCUUACGAAAGUUGGUGAAAAUCCCCACUGUUUCUUAUCUCUACAGAAGCGGACUGUAUGCCAGCUCACAUAGUCGGUUGAAUAAUACAGAAGGCAGGCAACCUUCUAAGAUCAACAAGCUCCGUUAUGAAUCAGUGGACUUCAAAAAUUUGCUUUUUACUUUUUCAGAACAAGAACAAGCAACUUCUAACCCAGCCAUCAGUAUAAUCAUCAACAAUGCUUUCUAGAGCUGCCUUUCUGUCAAUUAAAAAAAUAAUAUUUCUCCUGUAAUAUUGUUCUCCAGUCUGCCCACUGUGCACCAUCCUGGUGAAAUGCUGUACCAUAUGCUUGAUAAAUGGAAAAGCUACAGUUUAAAGUAACCAGUGUGUUGAUUUGUCCAGCUUCUCAGUGGUAGAUGUAAAGCUGACUUAUUUUUACAUUUAGAAACAAGAUGGAUUUCUGUGCUUGUAAAUAAUAUGUUCAAGAUGUUCACUGAUGUCAUAUUCAUGCAAACAAGUGAUCAUUAUAGAAUUGGUGGGAUUUAGUAUUUACAGUUGGCCAAUUUAUAGGAUAUUACAGAUACCCAAGCAGAUCAAGGCCUAUUUUGUCCUAACGUUUGGUGGAUCUUCUAAAUGAAGAUGGCACUUGGUGCCUUAUAUGUGCAAAGUAUGUGCUGUGCCUCCUGGGAUAUGGUCUCUGGAUACAAUGGAUUGGAUACAAAGUCUUUCUUCCAUGACUGGAAGGAAGUCCAUACAUGCAAGGAGGUGAUUUUCACAGAUCCCUUCUUCCCUCUGCAGCUCUAUGUGCUCCCCACCAAAUCUCUCUGGAGGGUUGGGGGACACUCCAGAACUGGAUGGCAUGGGGACUGCAGCAGACAAGACAGAUCAAUGAAGAUCAUCUCUACCCCUUGCAUGAAUGGAAAUGCCUUCUGUUCAUGGAAGAAAUUCUUAGGAGAAAUAGAAAUACCAAUGUUUUACAUCUACCCAAGGUCUCUUGAAGUUCUUCUUGUGGAUGAAUAGACAUGAACAUGUAUUUUUAAUUGAAUGGGUUAUUAAUUAACAUACAUGUAGAUUAUUCUGGGAGUUGAAAAUAGAUCCCUGGAUAGAUGUUAUUCGUGAGAUGAACUUGGAAGGGGCAUCACUUAGGGGCAGGGCUGUCCUUAGGCAGGGCAACCACCCCAGGCCCUACUGUUUUAACCCCCAUUACAACUAACUAGAAGGGCCCCUCACACUGGCUGAUUUGCUCCAGGCCCUGCGCCCCACCAAGGCUCUCUAAGGACAGCCCUGCUUAGGGGUUUGUCUGUUUGCACAGGCUGUUUCUGCAAAAGGCCUAUGUUCGGUCUCUGGCAUCUCCAGUUAAAUAGGAUAUCAGGUAACCGAGUUGGGAAGCAUCUCUGCCUGAGAUCUUGGAAAGCUGUUGCCCAUCAGAAUAGCCAAUACUGGGCAAGAUGGACCAAUGAUUUUACUCAGUAUAAGGCAGAUUCAAAUGUUAUUCAAAGGACCAUUAUUUGUGAACUUAAUAGAAGGUAUAAAUUUAAAUUUGAACCCUGGUUCCUUGGAACAAAUAUCUGAAUACAAUGAUGAAAAGUAGAUAAUUGCACAGGUUUUCCUGUUGUCACUGGAACAGACUAAGACAUAAGAUGCUGUCCUGUACCAAAUUGGCCAAUAGUCCAUGGAGCCCAGAACUGACUGGCUAGCUGGCAGAGGCUUCUUCCAGCCAUGCUACUUGGCAGGUUUGUGUCAAGAGUUAGGCUAGUCAACCCAGAGGCCCAAAUUAGGGUGCCAGAUGUGUGUGGUGAAGCAAACGCAGGGCUUUGCCUGAGGCCCCCCAUCAAUUUGGUACCAACAAUGUUAUUCAAGAUCCUUUAACUGGGAAUGCCAGAAUUGCACUGGGACCUUAUACAUGAAAAUCAUGUGCUCUACAAUUGUGUUAUGGCCCCUUUUAGCAGCAUACCCUGUGGAUGCAGAACUUGGUUAUCUGCAGAAAAUAUGAAGAGUGCUCUCUUUUAAGUGCUUCUUAGAUGUAUAUCCUCCAGUCCCCAAAGAGCUCAAUAUGGAAUUACCUCACUCUGUUUUCAAAGGUUAAGCUGAGAAAUAAUGACUUGCCCAGGGCUAACAAAGGACCAGCCCCAGUUUGGAAUCUCUUCAUUGUGAUGUUUGCACACCAAAUGUACCAGUAUACAUACACCCUUUUAUACUAAAAGAUAGUAUUGGUAAAGCAGUGUAUACACAACCAUGAAACCAAACUAUUUUAUUUUAAUCAGGAAAACAUAUUGGUGCCCCAUUACUGCCCAGAAUUCUUUUUAAAAUAAAAAGUCACUGUAGAUGUACUGUAUGAAGCGGCAGUCUAAAUGUGGCAGCCUACAAUAUAUACCCUUGCAUUAAUCCAUCCUUUCUGAUAUGAAAAGGAUAAGCAAAUUCACCUGACUAUACAUCCUAUUUAAUUAUUUUUACAGCUGAGCCAAACAGGCAGCACUUUUUGCUGAAGCUUUCAUCAACUGCAACAAGCACCCCUUCCUUUCAGAAUUUGGGGGGGAUUGCAAAAAGGGGCAAAAGUAAGAGCUCAUUCAGAAUGAGGGCAGGAAGCAUAGUCCUCACUCUUGAUUGUCUUUGUGAAGUUAUUUUUGUACUUGUUUAAAAAUUGUGAUUAAAAGGGUUUGCCAAUUACACAGCAAACAUCCAAAGAAAAAGGAGAGCAAGGAGAGAAUGUUUGGGAGUACAUUUUGGCUACCCUUGAAAGAAUUACUCUUAUGCCAAAAAUGUUUGUGAGUGAAAAUUUGCUGUACAUCAAUAAUUCUAGCAUGAACCAAAACUACUUAAACCUUCAGGGGUCCUCCAAACUUUGGGUGUAUUAGACAUCAGAUUUGCCCCCCUGAAAAAAGGCCCACAAAUUAUCACUCCGGUUAUAAGAAAAAGUGGUCAGUUUUGGACCUCCACGAUCCUUAUUACUACUACAACCUUGUCCACUGCAGCCCUUCCUAUGCCAGUUUCCUCACAAUUCUCCCUCUGACCAGUUUCACUUUCUCCCAAGUAAAGGUGGACAGGAUUGCAGUUUCAAUCAGCUGUUUUAGAGUAUGCUUUGAGUAUGGCACGGACAUACAACCUACUCUGAUGAACUCUGCAUAACCUUCGAGAAUUCUUAUCAUUAGGGUGAUUUUUAUGGUUCUAUGCCCAGCUUUUAAAUAAACUAUGCUUGUUGUAACAGACUGUAAAAGUCAAUGAAGCCCAUUAAUUUCAGUCACAAUAGCCUCGCUUUGUUUGGUACGACACCUUUGUACUGUUCUGCUGCAACGUUUGUCAUUUUGUACAGCAUGUAACGGUACCUAGUUUUUUAGUUAGCGGAGCUUUUUGUACAUAGUGCUGUCUAUUUAUGAAUCUAUGUGGGAGUGAGAGCUCACAUUGCUCAAUAAAACAAUGCCAUGACCACC